CGGCGGCGCAGGGGCUGGUACGCGCUGGGCGGCGAGAGCCUCAUGGCGGAGGAAGAGAGCGACCAAGAGGCCGAACGCCUCGGAGAGGAGCUUGUGGCCAUUGUGGAGUCUCCGCCUGGCCUUGCGGGGCUUAGAGCUGCGGGCGACGGCAGAGGCGGCGCUGGCGGCGGCAGCUGCGGUGACGGCGGCGUCGGGAUCAGCAGUCGGGAUUACUGCCGACGCUUCUGUCAGGUGGUUGAAGAUUAUGCUGGAAGAUGGCAGGUCCCUUUGCCACAGCUUCAGGUUCUUCAGACUGCACUUUGCUGUUUUACAUCAGCCAGUGCAUCAUUCCCAGAUGAAUGUGAGCACGUACAAUAUGUUUUGAGUAGCCUUGCUUUGAGUUUCUUUGAGUUGCUGCUGUUCUUUGGAAGAGAUGAGUUUUAUGAAGAGCCCUUAAAGGAUAUUCUUGGAUCAUUCCAGGAAUGCCAGAAUCACCUCCGCAGAUAUGGAAAUGUGAAUCUGGAACUGGUGACUCGAAUCAUUAGAGAUGGUGGCCCAUGGGAAGAUCCAGUGUUGCAAGCUGUUCUUAAAGCCCAGCCAGCAUCUCAGGAGAUAGUGAAUAAAUAUUUAAGUUCUGAAAAUCCACUGUUCUUUGAACUACGUGCCAGAUACCUAAUAGCUUGUGAACGCAUACCAGAAGCAAUGGCUCUUAUUAAAUCUUGUAUAAAUCACCCAGAAAUCAGCAAAGACUUGUACUUCCAUCAAGCUUUCUUCACAUGUCUGUUUAUGUCACCUGUAGAAGAUCAUCUACUACGGGAGCAUUUAUUGAAAACUGAUUGUAAGAGUGGAAUUGAUAUCAUCUGUAAUACUGAAAAAGAAGGCAAGACUCUCUUAGCCUUGCAACUCUGCGAAUCAUUUCUUAUUCCACAGCUCCAGAAUGGGGAUAUGUACUGUAUCUGGGAGUUGAUUUUCAUAUGGAGUAAACUUCAGCUUAAGUCUAAUCCUUCAAAACAAGUUUUUGUAGAUCAAUGCUACCAGCUUUUAAGAACAGCAACUAAUGUGAGAGUCAUAUUUCCUUUCAUGAAAAUCAUUAAAGAUGAGGUUGAAGAAGAAGGCUUACAAAUUUGUGUUGAAAUAUGUGGUUGUGCUUUACAACUAGACCUUCAUGAUGAUCCCAAAACUAAAUGUCUAAUUUAUAAAACAAUUGCACAUUUUUUGCCAAAUGAUUUGGAGAUUCUCAGGAUUUGUGCACUCUCAAUAUUUUUCCUUGAGCGUUCUGUGGAAGCUUAUCAUACUGUUGAAGAACUUUACAAACAUCCAGAUGAAGAAUAUAAUGAAGGAACAAGCAGUGUUCAAAAUCGUGUUCGUUUUGAAUUACUUCCAAUUUUAAAAAAGGGAUUGUUUUUUGAUCCUGAGUUCUGGAACUUCGUAAUGAUUAAAAAGAACUGUGUAGCAUUACUGAGUGAUAAGUCAGCAGUUAGAUUUCUAAAUGAAAGUACACUGGAAAAUUCUAUAGGUAAUCUAAAAAAGGCAGCAGAACGGCAUGAUUUUGAUGAAGGAUUUGACUCUCUUAUAGAUGAGAUCACUGGAGAGUUUGAUCCUGAUGAUAUAUCUGGAAUGCAACCUAAAGAUCAUAUUAAUACAAAGAAAAACCUUACAGCUCUUAAUACUUCCAAAGUAGAUCACAAUGUCCCAAGGCACCGUUGUAUGUUAUGUAACAAGGAAUUUCUAGGUGGUCACAUUGUAAGGCAUGCCCAGGCUCAUCAAAAGAAGGGCAGUUUUUCAUGUGUAAUAUGUGGGAGAAAAUUUAGAAACAGAGGACUUAUGCAGAAGCAUUUAAAGAAUCAUGUUAAGAAAAUACAGAGACAGCAAAUUGCAGCUCAACAGGAGGAAAUUCCAGCUUUGGAAGAAAUACAGUGUUCUAAUGCUUUCAUUUCAUUUGAAAAUGGGAAUUCUGAUAAUAAGGAUUUGGAAGUAGAAAUUAUUACUGAUUCCAAUGAUGGAAACAAAGAAGUCAUUCCUGCACAUGUGAGAGAAUUCAUUGAAAUCCCUGUAAGUGUAUCAGAAGAUGUCAUUGAAAACAUCAUUGAAAAUGGUAGUCCUGAUACUUCUUUAAAUACUGUCUCUGAGCCUUUACCUAUAUGUGAGGACUAUGAAGAGGACGAGGAUGAAGAAGGUGAUUAUGAAGAAGAUGAUUAUGACUUAAAUCAAGAAACUUCAGUACUUCAUAAAAUUAAUGGAGCUGUGUGCCAUCCAAAAGACAUAUAUGCUACAGAUCAAGAAGGGAACUUUAAAUGUCCUGCUCUUGGUUGUGUCAGGAUAUUUAAAAGAAUUGGAUUUCUAAAUAAACAUGCAAGGACUGUACAUCCAACUGAUUUAAAUGUGCGACAAACAGUAAUGAAGUGGAGCAAAGGAAAAUGCAAAUUUUGUCAAAGGCAGUUUGAAGAUUCUCAACAUUUUAUAGAUCACCUUAAUAGACACAGCUAUCCAAAUGUGUACUUCUGUUUGCAUUUUAACUGCAACGAGUCAUUUAAGCUGCCAUUACAGCUUGCUCAGCACACAAAAAGUCAUAGGAUAUUUCAAGCUCAGUGCAGUUUUCCAGAAUGCCAUGAGCUUUUCGAAGAUCUUCCUCUGCUCUAUGAACAUGAAGCUCAGCACUACUUAAGUAAAACACCAGAAUCAUCUGCCCAACCAAGUGAAACAAUUCUUUGGGAUGUUCUUACAGACUCAAAUCCUAAUCAUCAGGAAACAGACUCAUCUAGUAAUGAGAAACAAACUGUUAAUCUGCCAGUUUCUACUAGCAAAUUAAGGAAAGACUCUACAGAACCAAAGAUGUGUACAGAAAAUACGGAAAAGAAAACAGACAGUUUAGUUCAGAAUGGAAAGGAACAUUCUGAUGACACUGUUUCUGAUAAAAGCUUGACAGACCAAAAGAUGCCUAACAUUGAGCCAAAUCCUGAAAAUAAUAGUAUUAUUAAUGACUUAGUCAAUGGACACAAUGGAAGAGAGCAGACACCUUUGGUUUCAUCAGAUCUUGCUUUGAAAAGUGAUACACAUAAAAUGAGGACAGAAAAUGGUUCCAUCUUACCCAAUGUUGUAUCACAAGAACACACUACUCUGCCAGUAUCUCAGGCACCUUCCAAACCAAAUCUGACAAGUGAACAUACUUCAUAUGGCUUAAUUUUAACAAAGCCAUAUGUUAGGCCAUUGCCUCCCAGUUACCUUGAUGAACGGUACCUUAGUAUGCCAAAACGCAGAAAAUUUCUGACUGAUAAAGUAGAUGCUUGUUCUGAUCAAGAUAAUGUUUGUAAAAAACCGGUGAAAAGGUUAAGAUGUGGCAAAUGCCUGACCACCUACUGUAAUGCAGAAGCACUUGAGGCUCACCUUGCACAAAAGAAAUGUCAGACACUCUUUGGAUUUGAUUCAGAUGAUGAAAGUGCCUGAUAAAAAUGUUUCAGAAAGAUCUGUCGAUCAAGCAGUAGUGUGAAAAAAGCACUACAAGAAAAUGAAUCAUCAAUUUGCUAUUUCCCUGAUGGCCUUAAAUUUAGAGCGGUCUUGGAUUACUAAAGAUAAAGACAAAGCACAUUUUCUAGAAUGAAUUCACUGAAGAGAUGUGCUGGUAUAGACUCCAAAAGGGUUAUGACAAAACUCCCAAAGUACCAGUUAUCCAGAAAACCACACUUUAAAAAAGUUGAUGAUUAAUAGCAGCAUGAUCAUAUGUGACACGUAUGUGGGAAAUAUGUUCAGGCUACUAGUCAGAAGAUAAACCAGCUAUGGCCUUACAGAAAGGGAAAAAUUAAUCCAUUAUAUAAAAGGGUUGGUGGUGGUUUAUAAUAAACAACUUAAAGCAUUCUACAAAUGGAAUUUGUUUUUUUGUCAUGCAUAAUCAUAGUUAUGUCUUCCUUUCUGGUCAAACAUGGACUAAAGAACCACUACUCGGUUUAUAAUUUAGAAAAUGGUAUAUGGAAAUAAAAUUAUUUAUGACCAUGCUAUCUGGUGGUCUGAUAUAAACUGUUUACAGAUGAUUGAAUACAUCAAAAGUUCAAUUAAUGGCAUGCCAGCAUUGGAAAUAUAAAAAACAAAACAAAACAAUGAUUUGCUUAAUAAGCUCUUGAUAAAUCUUCCACUUGCCAUUUUUACAAUACAAAUGAGUUAAUUUAAAAGGUAUCAAUGUCAAUUAAAUAGAAAAAGUACCAACAGCAAGUAAUUGGGGAGAGAUGGGAGGAAUCUAAAACCAUUAAAGGCUAUUGAGUUGAAAAGAAACACUGAAUUGCAAAUUCCUCAAUGUGAAUAAUGGUAUAAGCACACUGGGAUAUUUCUAUUUGUAUAUAGAGUAGUGUGAGGACAUUGAUAAUUCAUAGUAAAGUCCUUCAGACAUUAAUAUGAGUUAUCUAAGUACAGUCUUAUAAAAACAACUGGUUAUAAACAAUGUCAGCUAAAGAAUCAGGUCAAGAAUUCGAUAGUUUUAGUCAAUUAGAAGAGUUAAUCCUAAAGCCAUAUUAUUUAUUAGUAAUGAUUUUGGUCUCAGUAAUAUUUAUAUAAGAAAUAUUUACACAAACAUUUGCUUAUCAAAAACACAGUAAGACAUUAUGAUACAUUUAUUUUCCUUGAAAUCCAGUACUUUUCUUGAGGAAGAUUUUAACUUAUUAGUCUUACAUUUUUUUAAAUCAUUCUUUGAAAUGCCCUAUCAGAUGUUUUCCACUUUAAAUACCUUCUUUUACCUAAAGACAUGUUAACACAAUAGCAAGGAUACAAGGGAACUCUUUAAAAAUGGAGUUACUGAUAUACCAAUGUCAAGUAAAUACUCCAUUUAUUUCAAAUUAUAUAUUUUUGUUCAAAGCAGAUAAUCUUAUCAGAUCCUUCUAUUAUAAAUCUUUGGACAUAAAACUUCCUGAAUAAAUUUACCAAGGAAGUGGGCAAUGGGACAUUUCCUUAUGGGUAGCAUCCAGACUAUAUUAAAUUAAGAUUUCCUAGCUAUGGCAGAUCAGAGAUUUAAAUAAAAUUUCUCCAGUGUUAUUAAUUUUUUUAUCAUGAGCAUUCACUACUAUGCAAUUUAUAUUCAUAAAUCCAUUUCAGUCAAAUUCAGGUUUUAUGUAGCCUACAUUAGGCUGUGGAAUUAACAUUUAAAUAAAAGCUAAGUAAACACAACAGAUUUUUAAAUCAUGUAAGGUUAACUAACAAUAUUUCCCAUACUUCCUAAUACUAAAAAUUUAAUACUUGUGUUCUAUUCAUUCAGUCUGAAAGUACAUCAGAUAAUAAAACAUCUAUUUGAAAACUAUCUCAUUUGGACAAUUAUGGUUUUUUUUGACAUAUCAUUUCUUUGUACAUUUUCCAUAAUUUUAGAAUUACAGCUUAAUGUUUUAUAAUUUUCAACUUUUUCCCACAAGUUGUAACUAUUAACUCAGCUCUACGCCCACAAAUUUUCAUUAAUUUUACAGUUCAUAUCAAGAUGUUUUACACAUACUGCAGUUUUUUGGUUUUUUUUUUUUUGCCUUUAAUUUGUGAUUUUAUUUGUGUGCUAACGGAAAGCUGUUUCUGAAAGACAGAUCAAAUUGGUUUAGGUCGAACUAAAAGGAAUAUUUUAUAAAAUUCUGUUUGUCCACACAGUCCUAAUCUCUCUAUACACUUUUCCAAUAGCUAUAGAACAUGUGUACAUCUUACUAUGUAUGUCUUAUACAAAUUUAUAUAAUUUUAUUUUUAUGGGGUGCAUAAACUUGCAACAGUUCUGAUUUGGAAAUCAAACAAAAAGGAAGUUUUCUUGGCAAAUCAUUAUUUUUUCCCCUGCUUCUAUUUUGAGGAUGUUCUUAUCUUACAUGGGCCAGGUUUUAGUGCUUUAUUUUAAAUAAAAAUUUCCUUCAAACAUUAAUACUAAUUUUCUGCUAUGUUCUGUAAGGUCAAGAAAAAUAGCAAGUCUAAAUUUUAGCUGCUCAGAGGAUGCAGAAAAGAGGACUCUGUGGACUAGGACACUGGUACUUUGGGCUUUAGCCAUAUUCAUUUCUUUUUUAGACCACCAAUUAUAUAAUAAGUACAUAAAUUAUAGCAUUGAACUCGUGAUUCUUUUCAAAUCACACUUGAAGUUUCAGCCGUACUCCUUUCAUGUUUGGUUUAAACUGUUGUAUGGAUGAAAAGUCUAAAAGGGAUGAUAGUGUUUAUUUUUUAAUUUAUUUGGUACUGUAAAACACCUCUUCAGAAUGACUAAAUGCUGCACAUGCAUUUUGGAACUGUUAAUAUGUGAAAGAUAUAAAAGAUUCAGCAAGAAAGGAAAUUUGUGCUUCCUUGUUGAACAUUAAAUUAUUUUACUUUGCAUUUUAUAAGAGUACAAAUUAAAACUGAGCCAUUGAACUGCAAUAAAUCAACAAUAGUGUCUCAUUUCAAGAAAUUUUUUUGUACUGUACAUAGAUUUGUUCAAUAAAACA